AACAGACGUCUAGUGCAAAAUCUUUACAAAGGUUUCUGUUUAUUUAAGGAGGCGCAUGAUUGUUUUGUAUCCAGAUCCUCUCAGGGCGCACGACCGACUUCCUUGCUGCGGAAGUAGUGAUACAAAUAAAGACACAACGUACGCCUGUACUGAAUCAGAGAGUCUGCAGACAGCCAAUCAUAUUGAGAGUCCAGCCCCACAUCUCGUGAUUCUGCUUCCUUCUGCACUGCAGCCAGGCACACGACCAUCCUACGACUUCACCAGCCCAUCCGAAGAAUACCUCGCAGCAUGAUGCUGCAGUGGGUCCUCAGUAUUUGCCUGAUGUCUCUGUUGCUCAUACAAUGCCUAGCUGAGCCAAUGAAAGCUCGCCUUGUUAACGGGACAUUGGGGGCAGGACGUCUAGAUUUAUAUUUCAAUGGAGAAUGGGGAACAGUGUGUGACAAUGGAUUCGAUAAAAGAGGAGCUCGAGUAGCCUGCAGGAUGUUAGGCUUUAACAGCACUGAGCCAGGAAUUGUGUGGACAACCAAAUACGGACAAGGUUCAGGUCCCAUUUUACUACAAAACAUAGCUUGCAAUGGAGCGGAAACCAGUCUAGACCAGUGCUUUCACAGUGAGUUUUACCCGAAACAAUGCUCUCACAUGGAAGAUGUUGGAGUCAUCUGUAACACUGAGCCAAUGAAAGUUCGCCUCGUAAACGGGACAAACGAGGCAGGACGUCUAGAGGUGUAUUUCAAUGGAGAAUGGGGAACAGUGUGUGGAUACAAGUUUGACAAAGUGGACGCUCAAGUGGCCUGCAGGAUGUUAGGUUUUAUCGGAACUAGAGUAACAGCUAUCAGCACAGCCAGAUACGGAGGAGGUUCAGGUCAAGUUGUACUUGGCGACAUGAGCUGUAGUGGGGAGGAAACCAGCCUGGAACAGUGCGUUCGAUUUACUUUCUACCCACACGACUGCAGUCACUCGAGAGAUGUUGGUGUCAUCUGCAACCACACAGCUGAGUCAGUGAGAGCUCGCCUGGUUAACGGGACAGCUGCAGCUGGACGUCUAGAAAUAAAUUACGAUGGAGAAUGGGGAACAGUGUGUGACAAUAGAUUUGAAAAAGAGGAAGCUCAAGUGGCCUGCAGGAUGUUAGGCUUUAACAAUACUGAAGCAGCAGUUGUGGGCUCUGGCACAUACGGUCAGGGUUCAGGUCCCAUUGUACUUAGUGACUUGUACUGUAAGGGGAAUGAAACCAGCCUGGAGCAGUGCUCUCACAGUGCUUUGUACCCGCGUGGCUGCGGUCACCACGAAGAUGUUGGUGUCGUCUGUAACAUCACUGAGCCACUGAAAGCUCGUCUGGUUAACGGGACAAAAUCGGCGGGACGUCUCGAGAUAUAUUUCAAUGGAAAAUGGGGGACAGUCUGUAACACUGAGUUCAAAGAAAGGAACGCUAGGGUGGCCUGCAGGAUGUUAGGUUUUAACACCACUCAAGCAGCAGUUGUCGGGUCUCACAGAUACGGACAAGGUUCAGGUCGUAUUUUACUUAGCAGCAUGUAUUGUAGAGGGGAUGAAACCAGCCUGGAGCAGUGCUCUCACAGUGUUUUCUACCCACAUGGCUGGAGCUACUGCACAGAUGUUGGUGUCAUCUGUAACAUCACUGAGCCAAUGAAAGUUCGCCUGGUAAACGGGACAAAUGUCGCAGGACGUCUAGAGGUGUAUUUCAAUGGAGAAUGGGGAACAGUGUGUGGACACAGCUUCUGGAAAAGAGGAGCUCAAGUUGCCUGCAGAAUGUUAGGCUUUAACAGCUUUAAACAAACAGCUAUCAGCACAGUCAGAUACGGAGGAGGUUCAGGUCAAGUUGUACUUGGUACUAUAAGCUGUGGUGGGUGGGAAACCAGCCUGGAACAGUGCUCUCGUUUGACUUUCUACCCACACGACUGCAGUCACUCGAGUGAUGUUGGUGUCAUCUGUGACCACACUGAGCCUAUGAAAGUUCGCCUGGUAAACGGGACAAAGGCCGCAGGACGUCUAGAGGUGUAUUUCAAUGGAGAAUGGGGAACAGUGUGUGGACACAACUUCUGGAAAACAGAAGCUCAAGUUGCCUGCAGAAUGUUAGGCUUUAACAGCACUAGAGCAAAAGCUGUCGGUUCAGCCAGAUACGGAGGAGGUUCAGGUCAAGUUGUACUUGACGACAUAAGUUGUAGUGGGGAGGAAACCAGCCUGGAACAGUGCUCCUCUUUGACUUUCUACCCACACGACUGCAGUCACUCGAGUGAUGUUGGUGUCAUCUGUGACCACACUGAGCCAGUGAAAGCUCGACUGGUUAAUGGGACAAUCACGGCUGGCCGUCUAGAGAUAUAUUUUAAUGGAGAAUGGGGAACAGUGUGUGACGAUGCAUUCGGAAAAGAUGAUGCUCAAGUGGUCUGCGGGAUGUUAGGCUUUAACAACACUGAAGCAGCAGUUGUCAGCUCUGAAAUAUACGGAGAAGGUUCAGGUCGCGUUUUACUUAGAAGCUGGGACUGUGAGGCCAAACAAAACAGUCUGGAACAGUGCAGUUCUUUCUACCCGAGUGGCUGUAGUCACGGAGAAGAUGUUGGUGUCAUCUGUGACAUCGGUGAGCCACUGAAAGCUCGUGUGGUCAACGGGACGAAGUCGUCGGGACGUCUAGAGAUAUACUUUAAUGGACAGUGGGGAACAGUGUGUAGCGGAGGAUUUAAAAAAAGAGACGCUAGGGUUGCCUGCACGAUGUUAGGUUUUAACAACACUGAUGCAGCAGCUGCCGACUCCGCCAGAUACGGACAAGGUUCAGGUCCCAUUCUACUCAGCAGGAUCCAUUGCAAGGGAGACGAAACCAGCCUAGACCAGUGUCCUCACAGUGUUUUCUACCCACACGGCAGGAGCUACUGCACAGGUGUUGGUGUCAUCUGUAACAUCACUGAGCCAAUGAAAGUUCGCCUGGUAAACGGGACAAAGGCCGCAGGACGUCUAGAGGUGUAUUUCAAUGGAGAAUGGGGAACAGUGUGUGGACACAACUUCUGGAAAACAGGAGCUCAAGUUGCCUGCAGAAUGUUAGGCUUUAACAGCACUGACUCUGCAGUUGUCUCCUUUGACCUAUAUGGACAAGGUUCAGGUUACAUUUCACUGAACAAACCGGUUUGUAGAGGGGACGAAACCAGUCUGGAACAGUGCACUAACGAAGCUUUCUACCCAAAUGGCUGUAGUCACCACAAAGAUGUUGGUGUCAUCUGUAACAUCACUGAGCCACUAAAAGCUCGUCUGGUUAACGGGACAAAAUCAGCAGGACGUCUAGAGAUAUACUUCAAUGGACAAUGGGGGACAGUCUGUAACAAUGGGUUUGAAAGAGGUAUCGCGAUGGUACACUGCAGAAUGUUAGGUUUUAACAACACUAAAAUAGCACUUGCCGACUCCGCCAGAUACGGACAAGGUUCAGGUCCCAUUCUACUCAGCAACAACUUUUGUAGAGGGUUCGAAACCAGCCUAGAUCAGUGCUAUCAAAAUGUUUUCUACCCACACGGCUGCACUCACAGGAAAGAUGUUGGUGUCAUCUGUAACAUAACUGACCCAAUGAAAGCUCGUCUGGUUAACGGAACAAUGGCGGCGGGACGUCUAGAGAUAUAUUUCAAUGGAGAAUGGGGGACGGUGUGUAACAACAACUUCGGAAAAGAAGAACUUCAAGUAGCCUGCAGGAUGUUAGGCUUUAAGAAGACUGAAGCAGCAGCUGUGGGCUCUGACAGAUACGGACAAGGGUCAGGUCCCGUUCUAUUUGGCAAUGUGAAUUGUAGAGGGUUCGAAACCAGCCUGGAGCAGUGCUCUCACAGGGGUUUCUACCCACACGGCUGCACCCACAGCAAAGAUGUUGGUGUCAUCUGUAACAUCACUCAGCCAAUGAAAGCUCGUCUGGUUAACGGGACAAUGGCGGCCGGACGUCUAGAGAUAUACUUCAAUGGAGAAUGGGGAACAGUGUGUAACAACAACUUCGGAAAAGAAGAACUUCAAGUGGCCUGUAGGAUGUUAGGCUUUAACAAGACUGAAGCAGCAGUUGUGGGCUCUGACAGAUACGGACAAGGGUCAGGUCACGUUCUACUUGGGCACGUGAGUUGUAGAGGGUUCGAAACCAGUCUGGAGCAGUGCUCUCACAGUGGUUUCUACCCACACGGUUGCACUCACCGGAGAGAUGUUGGUGUCAUCUGUAACAUCAAUAGAAAUUUUACAGAAGAAGAUGAUAUCAAGGGAACUGGAUCGUCUGUCGACAUGAAAUGGGCGAUAUUUGGCGGUGUCAUUGCAGGUGCGGUCGUUCUCGUUAUCGUUGUCACCGUUAUCGUUGUCUGCAUCCUAAGACAAGAGAAAGAUGAAGACAAUGAUUUUCAAAGGACAGAGUGUUUCAGUGAUGCAGAUCCGCCAGACUUUACACUGGCUACAGUUCAAAACAAUUGCCAACAAGACAUCUCAUAAAAAUCACGAGAGAAGAUUGUAUUACAUAAAGUAGUAUGUUUUGUCAGUGAUGAGUAACAGAAAUUUGAACAAUACGUUUGAUUAUUGUUAAAGCUUCUUUCAUUUUUACUGAGGUGUACAGUCUUGUCUUCAUAUUUCCGUUAAAAUAACGAUAAGACUUUUAUGGUGCUAUUUACUUUUUAUUGUAGAAGGCAAGGGAAAAGCUCGAGUCUUGUACAUUUUAUGGAUACAUGUGUGAAUGCAGUUUAUAUCCAGCUGGUAAUGUUAGGCUCUGUAUAUUAGCUUGCCUAAAGAGCCUAGUAUAUAAAGGUUUAAAAUAUGUUCAAGCGCAAUAAAACAUCAAUAAUCCUACAUUGUUUUCUGGUGUAAAGCUAAAUAUUGGCAGGGUAGCAUGGUUGGUUAUUUGUAGAAUGCUAUUUCUUAGGGGAAGGAUUGCUUUUAAUCAGUCCUUUUUAUUCUCUUUUCCCUUUUAGGUUUCUCCGUUAUUUCACCUACCCAUUUCUUUAUACUUCAUUUUAUGAGAAAGACAAAAUAAGACCGUUUAUUUCUUUCUCGUUCGUGAGAUUUUGUUCACUUUCUAACUUCUUACCAUAAAUACAGUUUAGACAGAACACGCUGCAAAACCACUUUUAUCAGUUAGAUGGCCUGGACAUAGAUUGCCUUCAAUGGCUACUGGAAUCAUGUUCGGUAAAAGGAUUGUAAGCUUGAUUUCCUAUCUUUUCAAGUAGAUUUCUUAGAUUUUUCUAUGGAUAUUUAUAUUUCUAUCGAAAAGAGAGAUAGUUUAUGGUCAUCUAGAGGCGGUGGAUGUGAUGUGAAUAUGUGCAUAACUCAUUAAAGGGAAACGAGAUAUCCAACUCAGCAUUAUUGACUUGGCGUAUC